ACACCUGAUUAGAUGAACGCUUCAGGUGAGCACCAGGUGAGCAUAAAGCCACCUGAACAAAGCAACAGGUCCACACAAAGAGAGAAACACACACAGAAACACCUGGACAGAAGCGCACGCACACACACACACACACACACACACACACACACACACACACCUGGGGAGAAACACACUUGGAGAGAGUAGACUUGACCGUUCACUUUUAAGAGUGUAGGCGGAUCUUAAGCAGAACGUCAACACGUGAAGCAAAAGUGACACAACAUAUUUACUGACAGGAACAGGUGAACAGAUCAACAGAUAACCAGAAGGACAGGUGAACAGAUCAACAGAUUACCCGGAAAGCAGGUGAACAGAUCGAUCGCUAACCAGGAAGACAGGUGAACAGAUCGAAAGAUCAACACAUUAACAGCAGGUCUCUCAGGUGUCCGUUUCUCUCUCAGCAGUGAGGAGGUCACAACACGAUGAAUCCACCUCCACCUGUCCCGAAGCCUCGAUCUCGUUACGUGAGGGACAUUUAUGACAGAGAUCCGACUGGUGAAAAUCUGCAACCAGGAGGUUUCUCUAAUGGGCUUUACCUGAGCACAGGUGAAGAUGCUCCUCCCCUUCCUCAAGGUGGGUCGGACCGUGACGCCGUCUUCCCGACUCUGGCUGGCAUCACUGACAUUAUCGCCAACAACAUCCCAUCAUUGGCUGGAUUUGCCACUUCCAUCGGUGGCUCUGCUCCCUCUGCUCCCACUGCACCCACUGCACCCGAACCCCAAGCCCCACCCUCAAUAGACAGCCUGGUUAACAGCAUUGGUGCCCACAUACCUACCUUAGCUGGAGCUGCUAGCGUUGUGGCUAAUCCAGCAGCUGCUACGUUAAACCCCACCUCCAACACCACACCUGUACCCACUGCUAACACAGGUACUGCCAGCUUAGACAGCAUUGUUAACUCGUUAGCUAACAUACCCAGUUUAGCAGGCAUUGUUAACAGUGUGGCUAACCCUGCUGUUAACUCCACGACAACACCGUCAGCCCCGCCCCAGUCAGCCCCACCCCCCUCACUGCAGAGGAAUGGAGAUGCUCACACAGAUGUCGGGGCGUUGUCACAGCUUGUGAUGUCAACUUUAGACCAGAAUGCAGGAGUCACAUUACCUCCACUGGAUGGACCUGUCAGGCCACCAGAGGAUGGCCCAUCUUGCACCAACAAAGAAGAAAGGCCGUACAUCACCAUGCUGUCUUGUUGGGCGAGCCAAGAGGAAGUUGACACAGACUCGUCCAAUGAGGAAGAAGUUACAGAAGUUACCCCCACCGUCUCUGGUGCAGAUGGACCAGUGGAAAGAGAUCCUGCUUCUAACCCAUCUUCAAAUACCAACAACCUCCCACUGAGUCCUACAGGUCGUCUGAUCCCCACUCGGCCGCCUCCGCCACCUCCUCGCCAAUCUGGCACACCAGGAAAGAUUUUGAAACAGAAGAUCCCAAGAGCGGCCACCAUUCGAGUCUCCAGGAAGAGGGGGGGCAGCGCUCCAAAGAGUUCAACUCCACAGAGUGCCGUGGUCCGAUCCAGCUGGCUGGACGUCUGGAAGGGCUUCAGACACAAUGUUUUAUGGGCAACGAUGGACGGACAGCUGAUGUCUCUGUGGAAAAAACGGACGGACCGGUUCAGUGAGUUACUGUUUCAUGUCUCCAGUAUCACCAAUGUGAAGAAACAGGACAAACGCAGAUUCUCUGUUUACUUCAGGAAGAAACAUUAUGACUUCAUGGCUCAUAGUGAUGAGGUUCAUGAAGGCUGGGUCGAGUCUCUGUUGGCAUCUCGAGGCCAGCCAAGCCCCGCCCCCCCAGAGCUCCAUGGACAAAUCACUAUGAAGGACACAAGGAGCCGUGCCUAUGCCGCUGUCUGGGGUCAUGACCUCUGGAUUUAUCCCAACAAAGAGAGUUAUCAGCUGGGCAUCGCCUCCUUCUCCGUCCCUCUAAACGUGGCCACGGUGAAAUCGAUAGGGAAACACUCCUUUACCCUCAUCACUCCAUACAAGAGCUUCAACCUGUCGGUUGAUUCGUCAAAAGAUCUGUCCAUAUGGUUGGACAGUCUAUCCUCAUCUAUUCGCAGUGCUCUGUCCUGCAGCCAGGUGGCGCUGCGUCUCUGGGAAAAUCCUGACAACAAAGUAUGCGGCGACUGCAGCGCGGCCAAUCCGGAGUGGGCUUCAGUCAACCUGCUGCUGGUCAUCUGUCAGGCUUGUGCAGGUCAGCAUCGAGCUCUGGGGAGCAAAUUGUCGAAGGUACGCAGUCUGAAGAUGGACAGCAAGAUCUGGACUGAACCACUCAUGCAGCUGUUUGUUAGCUACGGUAACCGACUGGCCAAUCAGGUGUGGGCUCCAGCUGUGCCGGCAAUGGAGCAGCUGCGUCCAGAGUCCUCUGAUGAGGAGAGGUUAAACUUUAUCCAGGAUAAGUACAGCAGAGGGCGCUACAGACGAGUCCAUGCUCUGAUCUCCUCACAUGCUCUGAUGGAUCAGAGGCUGUGUCAGGUGGUCUGUGGAGAUGACAUAGAAGAAACAAUGUCACUGAUCUGCUCAGGAGCAAAGGUGUGUCAGUCAGACCCUCAGAACCCCUCCCCCAUCAUGCUGGCUGAGAAGGCGGGUCAGGCCCUGCAGACUGAGUUGCUCAGACUCAACGAGUACACACAAGUCCCACCUUACCUGCCACAGUCAGCCAACAGGAGACUUGACUCCGCCCCCUUAGGUGAGGGGGAGGAGAUGCUUCAUGGAAAACUGGAAGAAGAUCGUUUCUUCUUCUCGUUAGAAAAUGACUCCGCAGCGUGUGAUGUGCUCGACCUGCGAGAGGUUCUGUCUGUCUUCCUCAAAGACGGACCGACCCAUGAGUUUGAGAUGGUGACGCUGAGUGAUCAAAUGAUCUGUGCUGCUGAUAACCAGGAGGAGCUGAUGAGUCACAUGGUUCAUAUACUGAAGGUGAUUCUCCCAGGGGGCGUUUCUUAUGCCGAGGUGUGCGGGGCUUCUGCUGUCAGUCAAGUGUGCGUUGUUGAAGUGGGUGGAGCCUCAAAACAAUCUGAUGCCUGGUUAUUACUGUGGGAGGAUGGUGUCAGUGUUCAUCCUGUCCACAAAAACACUCAGCAGGCUUUGAACAUGGAACUGAGUGCACUCAAUCGCCAUGAAAUGGAUCCAUCUGAAAAUAUCAUCACCAUGGUGACUGCAGACAGGACUGUGUCGUUCCGUUUCGAAGAGCAGCACAGCUGUCAGUCCUGGUUCAGCCAACUCCAAAAAGCUCUGACCAAUCAGAGAACAGGUCCACAACGUCCUCCUGCAACCAAUAAAAACCCAGCUCAACAGUCUCUGUACCCAGUGAUCGAUAUCAGGUUGAGGGGUACAGUACCACCAGGCAUUGAACGCUGCAUCUCCCACAUCACAACCUAUGGUCUGAAAGUAGAGGGCGUGUACCGGCGCUGUGGUCUCUCUUCGAAAGUCAACCAAUUGGUGGCGGCUCUGAUUACAUCACCUAACUCCGCCCCUCUAGAGUGUGAUGAGCAAGGUGUGUUGGACGCCGCUUCCGCCCUCAAACAAUACAUCCGCCAGCAGGAGAGUUUGAUCCCUGACAAAGAGCAACAGAACUGGCUGCACGCCGCAGUGAUUUCAGAUGAACGUUCCCGGUUUUCAACCUACCGACGGUUGCUACGGCAACUUCCUGACAACAACCGAUCAACACUAAACUCGCUGUUUGGACACUUCUACAUGGUUCAGAUGUUCUCUCAGGUGAACAAGAUGUCAGCUCAUAAUCUGGCUGUGGUUCUGGUCCCAAAUCUGUUUCAGGCUAUGAACCAGGAUCUGCUCAAACUCACCAGAGAGUUCAUCAUUCAUCACACACUGUUGUUUCUGACACCCGAGAGAGAGGAGGAAGAACAGAUCACUGUCUUCUGAGGAAGAAGAGAACAGUUGGACUCAUAUUUGACCUUUAGUUUAGUUUUUUUGUAGGGGUUUAAGUUCACGGUUUAAUCACCAUAAAAUGUUUUAUACAGCUUUAAAUUAAACAUUUAUGAAUCAAAGUCUUAACUGAAUUUAAAUAUCAGUAUACAGUACACCACUCCACUGUCAGUGACAGCACACAGGGGAAGACCUCAAAGACAAGACAGGUGAGACAUGAGGAGAACUGAAAACAUGAUUUAACAUGACAUGACCGCGUGUAUUUGAUCCACCAACCAGCGCUUGUUUUAGUGAGAAAUCUCAUUCCACGGCUCUAAAAGCUGGUACAGGUGCAGGUGCACUUAAGCCUUCAAAAUCCAAAAAGUAAAGUUGUGCGCAAAUACAAUUUACUUUGAUGAAUGACAUUGAUAUAGAUGGAAUUAACAAGAAGACUGUCGACUGUGUUCCUAGUGAAAUUGUUUAAAUCUCAUAUGUCUUAAAGGGAGUCUGGUGUUUAGUUUAAUUCAAACUGCUAAUAUGUUUGUUUGUUUUUUAAUAUUGUUUUCACACUACAGAAACAUUAGGUAACUAUAUGAUAAGGUUGUCAGACAUUGACUGCUGUUAAUUUUUGGUUUGAUUAUUGUUUAGUUAGUAGACAGAGUCAGUGUAUGCAGUAAAUGGUUUUCCCUUUUGUGUUUUUUAAACUACUUUGUUAUAAUCUGAGAUAGAUCACAAACCCAGUAACAUUACGUUAAUACAGUGGCCAUUAGAACACCUGUUAAGCAGGGUGAUACAAUUAUUUAAAAGUCUCAUGGAUGUUGUGCUCUACAUCAGCACACAUGUAACGACUCUUCAACGGUCAAUCAGUUUACCUGAACAGAACUACCUGUAUUAUUGCCUGCUUUUAAAAGAGUCACAAUAUUCUUUGUGAUUUUCUUACUAAACAAUUUAUGGCUUGUACUGUCCUUGUAAUUUAUGCAAUAAAAGCGCAGUAUUACA